AUGUCGAAAACUCAAAUUUACGAUUGGUAUGAAUCGUUCAAAGAGGGGCGAGAAGAAGUAAACAAUUUGCCACGCUCAGGACGGCCUUCGACCUCUUCAACUGAAGAAAACGUCGACAAGAUAAAGGAAAUGGUGCUCGAAAAUCGUUUGCGAGAGAUAGCCCAAAUAAUGGACUUGUCUCAUGAGACCGCUCGUCAUAUUUUGGUCGAUGUUUUGGGUAUGCGGAAAGUCGCAACGCGAUUGGUGUCAAAAGAUCUGAAUUUUCUUCAAAAAGUGAAUCGCAAUAAGGUGGCUGAAGACAUGCUUGAACGCGUAAAUUCCGAUCCAACGUUCAUCGAAUGCAUCAUAACUGGUGACGAGACAUGGGUUUGGAACGGACUGGCGCGACAAAAAUGA